CAUCUGCUACACACAGCACAGGUGAAGUCGAGCUACAUCAGUUUUAUCUCCUAAGGAAGACCCCAAGAACCCCAGAAUGGACGCUAUCAAGAAGAAGAUGCAGGCGAUGAAGCUUGAGAAGGAUAAUGCUAUGGAUAGAGCUGAUGCUUGUGAACAACAAGCUAAAGACGCUAAUCUCAGAGCUGAAAGGGCUGAGGAGGAGGUGAGGGAGCUGCAGAAGAAGAUGCAGCAGCUGGAGAACGACCUGGAUCAGACCCAGGAGAAGCUGAUGAAUGCAAACCAGAGACUGGAAGAGAAGGAAAAAGCUCUACAGAAUGCUGAGGGAGAAGUAGCUGCUUUGAACAGGAGAAUUCAGCUGCUUGAAGAGGACCUUGAGAGGAGUGAGGAGCGUCUCGCUACUGCUACACAGAAACUUGCUGAAGCUUCUCAUGCCGCUGAUGAAUCCGAACGUAUGAGGAAGGUUCUGGAGAACAGAUCACUAUCAGAUGAGGAGAGAAUGGAGGCUCUGGAGAACCAGCUGAAGGAGGCCAGAUUCCUUGCUGAAGAGGCUGACAGAAAAUAUGACGAGGUUGCCCGCAAGCUGGCUAUGGUUGAGGCUGACCUUGAGAGAGCCGAGGAGAGGGCUGAGACCGGAGAGAGCAAGAUUGUCGAGCUGGAGGAGGAAUUGAGGGUUGUCGGUAACAAUCUUAAAUCCCUUGAGGUCUCAGAGGAAAAGGCUAAUCAAAGAGAGGAAUCCUACAAAGAACAGAUAAAAACUUUAACCACUAAACUGAAGCAGGCUGAGGCCAGAGCAGAGUUUGCUGAAAGGUCCGUCCAGAAACUCCAGAAGGAGGUUGAUAGGCUAGAAGAUGAGCUGGUUCACGAAAAGGAGAAGUUCAAAGCCAUCUCCGACGAAUUGGAUCAAACCUUCGCUGAGAUGUCCGGCUACUAAUCUUUCAUCCUGUUCAGUACUUUCUUUUACCAAGUUUUGGGGAUUUUCUGCCAACUUUCGGUGGAUUUUUUCAAUUUUUGGUUGAUUUCCAAACAAAUUUUUGAUGAGCUUUCAUUGAUUUAUUUAUGAAUUUGCAUCAUCAUAUUUAUUUAAAUUCGUAAUUCUAGCAAAACUUUAUAUUUUGCCUGAUUGACGAAUAUUUAAAUAACUACCAAGAUAUCUCCUCUUUUUUUUUGACUCAAUACACAAUUUUAUCAGUUGUGCCAAUUGUAGAUUUUUUUUCAAUCAAGCACACGACAACGGCCAUGGCUCAGAAGUUUUAACAAAUUGCAUUUUACCUCCUUUGAAAGCCUCCCGAGUCGAAAUCCUGGUGGUGAAAUAUCUUCCAAUUAAACCAGUUGUACGUUUAUGUUUAUCUAUUGUCGCUUAUUUAUUGGAUAUUUACUCCUGGCGGGGUGGGUCAUCUUAUGACCUAUCCCCGAGCAGGAAGCAGAUUAAUGUCAAGCUGAGAAUGCCUAUUUAUGCACAGAUUAUGAGCUGUUUGAAAUGUUGAUGAAAUAUAUGUAGUAUUAAUAA